UGUAGAUUUCGUGUAUCAUCAGUAUAAUAAUAAUUCCAACAUUCUUGUCCCAGCGUUAAGUUAGAUUAUUUAUGUGCCACCCAAGCCAUGCAAUGGUUGGCUUAUACGUAGAUACGUGCGUGCAUAUUUUGUCUUUCUUUGCUGAUAGAAAUACCAAUCGACAAUAAUUAGUGCAGCAGCAUUAUCUUAUCUGCUAGGUGAACAGGUAGCAUGGAUAGAGUGCACUCAACAUAAUUUAGUUGCAAAAGCUUCUCUGGUUCUCUAUGAAGGAAAAGGUUUGCAUCUUAAAAUCAAGAUGGAUCAUUUCAUAUCCUUUUUCAGCGUAUGGCUUGGCAGUAAUAAAAUAAUUUACCUGUGCUCAGUACUAUUAGUUUAGUUGUGUCUGGUCGUUGGGGUUAAAUGGUGUUCAGCCAAGGUUGACUCUGGUUUUGAUUAAGUUUGCGUUAUGAAAAGUUAACUGUUCCUCACAUAUCACAUCCGAUUCUUGUUAUGCACAUGCUGUGGUGGAGUGAUUCGCAAUAAUAACGUCUCUGCAUCUCGCGCAGUGAUUAUACGCAUUUACGGUGAUUCACAAAGUUGCUGGACGCUGGAAGAAAUUGUUUAGUGUUUCGUGAAUUUGUAAAGCUGGAGCUUUAUCGAAUGUGGAAAUAGUAGUGAGUUGAAGAUCAUCACAACAUGUCGGGGAAAAUGUCCCUAGUGGUACUUCGAAGUUGGUGCGAUGAUCCACCAAAAAUAAAAGGAAUCGCUCCACAAGAUGACGAACGUUCAGUCAAAUUGGAGCCGGAUCAUAAAGGACAUUUCUUGGCGGAAGAAAUUCAAGAUCCCGAACAUGACCCUAGAUUCACUCCGAGAGGACGGACUUUCAGUGCUGGGUCGAAAGGUCACCUUUCAAACGGAUGUGGGGACAACAGACAUCAAAAUGGAACGACGCCGGAACCUGAGGAGCCAUUAUUUAUCAGAAGAAAAAAUGGGCAUUUGGAGAAAAAUCCAGCCAACCGUUUCAGCUUUGGUGGCUUCGGCGAUAGUGAUCAUGCAAAUUCCCCUUCGCCAACAGGAGGAAGGUCCAUGUCAAAUUUGCAUCUCUCACCAGAGAAUGGCCAUACUUUUCGACCUGAUUCAGUGGGUACCAACAGUCCUGAUCAUCAAGACGGUUCAUCGAUGGAGUACACUCCUCCCUCUUCACCGGUUUCAGGGAGGUAUCGUAAUUUAGGACCCGAAUUGGCAGCCACAAUUCCGAAACGAGCCAUAAAAUCGAACUGGAUCACGGGAAUAAAAUCAAGGUGGAUGAAGAGCACCACCCAUCCUGACUCUGGUCGAAGCAUUUUGAAAUCUUAUAGUUCGUCACCGAGUCUCAUCGCUACCUCAUCCGCCGCCGAAGAGACGCCACUCUUCUUCAACCCUUUGUAUCGGCUCUGUCAACAACAUCAACCCACAAGCAUUCCUCAUUUCAAAACAGGAGGUUCGGGCAGCAGUGGGAGCACGUCGGGAAUCGUUCUUGAAGACGAUAGCAGCGUCGGAGGCGAUUCUCGCAGUAGGAGCAGUCUCAGUAACCCUAUCAGUUUUUCGCCCUCCCCUCCACCCAACGUUAUUAAUGCGUCCCUACGACAGCAGAUACUUUGCAGCAGUUCACGACCAAAUGGACUUCAGAAACACAAUUCCUUGACUGACUUUAGCGAGGAGGAUAUAUUCUGUGAAAGCGUGAUUAGUGCUAGAAGCCCAACCGGAAGUAGUCCACAUCACGGAUACAAUAAUAGGGGAGCAGAGUCACGGGAAUCUUAUUCUCCACCUCCACCACAUGGAAUAGUGGAUGUGGAUGAGUGUGUUUUAGUAGAAGUUAUAAGAAAACCUGAGACUCCGUCUUAUAGCAAAGAUGGUGGUAACAAUGCAAGGACCGGUGGUGUGGUAGGUAAUAAAAGUGAGAAAAGACAUUCGGUAGGGGAGCUCGAGCUGGAACCAGUGCUAAACAAUAAGUUUGCUGGAGUCAAAGUAGAAGGAAAUCCUGGCAAGGUGGCCAGAAUAAAGGAAAACAUAAAGAAAUUUGGUCGGUUUGGAAGAGCAAAUUCCGAAAAAAUUCUACGGUUUCAAACAGGAGAUUCUAAAUCGGAAAGAGAGAAAUGUAAAGCUGUAGGUUCUGCUACCUCACGGAAGGGACGAGGAAACGGUAGUAAAUUAGACGACGUAGGUGAGAAUUCGUCAAUUUUGCAUGAGGAUCAGACACCACCAGUACCCACGGUAAGGAAGCGAUCAAAGAAUUCGGACAUAAAAGUAGAAACAGCAACUUGUUCCGUUGUUGAGGCACAAAACAAUCAAAAAAGGCCAUCAUCAGUUUCACCACAACCACCACCGUCGGAAAGUGCUCUAAUAACCACAACUUUACUCGCCAAAGAAAUCCAAUCCCGAGAAAAUCACUUUGAUGUACUCGUAGCGUAUCCGGAACCUAAUCUGAGUGAAUUGGUGGCGAAAAAUAAUAAUGAUGCCCUUACGAAAACUAGUUUGUUUAGUGAUAUUCAGCCCACGCUCGAGGAUGGACCAGUGUCAUCCCUUAUCAGUGACCAAGAUCGGUCAAUGCCCUGUCAUGUGCAGUCAGUUUCAACUAUAGAUGUCGAAACCUUUGUUGUUCACAGCGGGUGCAGUAGUCCAAUUGUCACACCUAAUUUAAACCAAGAAGAGAUAACCAGUCGGGAAAGUGUUGACAAUGUAAAUGAAGUCAAAAAGUUGUCUGUAGUGUUAGAUAAUAACAAUUGUGAGGCAUCCCAUCUUUCUGAUGCCGAUAAUCCUGUGAAAAACAGUGGAAACCUGGACGAAAUGUUCCGAAGUCGCAAUAAGGAGGCGACUGCCUCAGUGCCAGUGCCCAUUAUGUACAACAACAACAUUCAGUCUUCAGUGUUUAAAAAGUUAACAAACUAUUCGACCCCAUCGAUGAUGAGCGAUAAUGUUGAUGGGCAAAGAUUUAGUCAUGAGCUACCGUCCAAAAAUAUAGGACCAAAUUUUAAUGGCAUAGCGUCUGCUCAAGUACCAGUCCAAGCAAUAAAUCGCCAUGUGACGGGGUUUGGAAAGAACAAUAUCUACGCUGAUAGUGUAAAUACUGAAGAAGAUGACCGUGGGUCAGGUUCUUCAGAAUCUCGCUCCACUGACCUUGAAUGGCACAGGUCUUCAACGAGAGCGUCUUUCCGAGGAUUUUGCGAAACAUUGCUUCAAGACGAAAAGGUGACCAUUCAAGUUCCCGAAGUGGUUGAAGCCAGCAUAAGUUUCGACGAGGACAGCAGUUUGGAUCCUGAUGAAGAGAGGGAAAAUUCUGUGGAUUACAUUUCUGUUGCCGAUGUUAAGGUGAGCAACUCGAGGAAAUCCGAUAAAUUUUCAUCCCACGGAGUAAAUCGAGAGCCUUUGCCAAGUUGUGUGAUAUCGUUGGACAUUGGGAGUCGUGGGAGUGGAUACUCAUACUGGGUCAAAGACGAGGAUGACUACAUCCGAAUUGGACAAGUUGACUCAGGUUCUUCAUGCCCGAAAUCUCACAAACUUCCUUCGUGGGUCAGCGUGGAUUCUGUGGAUGAUCUUUACAUGGAUGGAGAUGACGAGGACAAUGAAAACAGUGCAACCAGUCCCGCUUUCGGCUACCACGCACUAAAUCGUUUCCUGUCCGAACAAACACAGUCCCAUCUUUUUUGGAGAUGGAGGGAACAUUUUAAUGAAGGCUCCACUUUUCCCUACACCCUCGAGUCUAAGGCAAAUGAUGAAGAGUUGCAAUUUACAAUGAAAUCUGCCAUAAAACAUUAUGCCAAAAUAUCCUUGGAUCAAAUUGCGUCGAAACGAAUAGGUGGUUUAGGCAAAACUAUCUUUGCAAUAACCAUCCCUGCCAACUUUGAUCACCGGGCACGCCAAAUAGUUCGUGAUGCGGCAUUUGGGACUGGACUCGUAUCUAAAAAGGAUGCACUUGCCCUAAUCGAGGAUCCAUGCGCUGCAGGAAUUUUUGCGUACCAUGCCAUAAAACCAAAAAUAGCCAAGAGGAACAAUAUUGGAACGUCCUAUGUUUCUAUUGACAUUGGUGGCGUAUAUCUUCACUCUAGUGGAUAUGAUUUUCACGAAGGAAAACUGCAUCAAAUUUUGACACCAAGCAGCCAGCCAAUUUCUGACAAUCCAGAGUCUUUCUUUGAAUCAGAAUUGACUAGAAUAUUCACACCGUCUUUUAUUUUAAACUACCAAACAAAAUACAAGGCAGGCUGGUUAAAACUAAUGACUGAAUUUGACCACAGCAAGAAUUUGUAUGAUCCAAUUCAACGUGGAAAUUAUCACAUUUUCGUCCCAUCCAGUUUUGUGGACCAUUUUCGACGAUUUACGAGCAUGGAGGUGGAAGAUGCUCUGGAGUCCUCGGAUAUCACUUGGAGCAAAGUAGGAGCGUUUGGGAUUCCAUACUGGAAAAUGGAACGGUUUUUACAACCAAUGAUGGAUUUCAUAAAGAAUCACAUUAUAAAUAUUGUGCGAAAUCACAACUAUGAAUUUUUGGUAUUGAGUGGUGGAAGGUCCGGGUCUCGGCAAUUGGUGGAUUAUCUAAGAAAUGCAGUUCGAGAUUAUUCCGUGGACGUGAUUGUACCAAAGGAAUAUAAUGCUGCUGUACUGCAAGGAUCUACAAUAUCACUGACAAAUCUCUCACCCAGACUGAUUAUAAACUCGCCAUUUAGUAUUGGUGUCGGGGUAAUGACUCCGUUUAUUGAAGAUCAGCAUCCUGAAGAAAAACGAGUACGAAGAGACGGAAAAUCAUGGUGCGCUGACGUGUGGGAUUCACUAAUCACAGUCGGUCAAGAGCUGGAAAUGAACAACAUCGUCUUAAAAAGGUCGUAUGUGGGAGCUCAGCCAGGUCAAUCUUUGCUUAUCCUCCCAUUAUUCCAGUCUCCCGAGGAGCCAAAGUUUGUGACUGAGGACUCUGUGAGGAAAUGCUGCGAAUUCAAGUUCAAUUCAGAUCAAAGGGCAUGGCAAGAGGUCGAGUUGAUGAUAAAGUGCAGACCUAGCGAACUCCUCAUCAUGGCAGUUGAUGACGGAGUCACGAAAAAUGUCGUGGUUCUCGAUUUCGCACUUUAAACUUAAUUUUUAGUCCACAUUUUUCGGUUUUUUGUUUCCCUUAAAUCGCGCUGUUAGAUUUACUGUAUUGUUUAACGUAGUAGGAUUUCGAGAAUUAAAUUGCAGUAACAAAAGAGAUUUUAUUAUAUAUUUAGUAACAUAUGCAUGCGUCCAGAAGAAUUCUAAAAACUUCGAGUUUAGCAAAUAGUAUUUAUAUAACGUCAUUUUUGAAGGACGGAUGUGUAGCUUGCCAUAAAUAUAAUUGACGGGUAUUGUAUAAUUUGAACGUAAAACAGAUCACAGAGGAUUUGAUUUUACAUUAUUUUAAUCACGCCCAUAUUAUUGCCAACAGAGUAAUUACAAUUAAUAAAAUUAUACAACUUGCAAGUACAUAAAUAUAAA